GUCUACUGUCGGCGUUACGGGAAAUGAGGCAUGAGGCUUAACAGGGGUCGUUAACCCAUGUGGGAGGUCAUACUUCUAGAAAGUUGCUCGUCAUCAUCUCCUUCUGAUUCUUCACAUCACCACUCCCUUUGUCCAUUCGUUCAGUCCUUUCAGCUACCGCGUUGAACGCUUGAGUCUGGAACUCACGACCUUCGUUACGAUAAAUUAUCAUCCGUGCACGAAUUCAUUUGCUCACGUUCACGUUCGUUAUCAUCUCGCCCGAUCAACAAGCGCAGCAACACACAAUGUCGAAGACUUUCCGCAGCGCAAUCGUUGCCGUGGCGGCUUUAGCUGGCCCAAGCUCUGCGUUUUGGCGCAUGCCAUGCCCGGGCCGUCUGGUGCUGGAGCGUAUAGAUCCAGUUAUCAGCCCCGGUGUGGUAUCAGGACAUGUCCACACCGUGUCUGGAGGGAUUGGUCUUGGCUUCACAACGAGCUAUGAGCAGCAGCGGGCAUCUGUAUGCUCUUCUUGUCCAGUGAAGCAGGAUCUGUCGGCGUACUGGACUCCCAAGCUCUACUACAUGGGUGAAGACGGAAGCUAUUUCGAGGACGUGCCUCAGGCUGGAGAAGGGAACGGUGUCACUGGCGGCAUGACAAUCUAUUACGAGCAGCGACCGGGUCCGAAGAACGAUGAGGUGAAGGCAUUUCCUGCAGGUCUCCGCAUGGUUGCAGGCGAUCCUUUCCAGCGCAACUACACGGAUCAGCAAGCUGCUCCCGGAAAUGCAGUGAGCUUCGUAUGCUUAAACUACAACGGCGUCUCUACUCAGUACAACGACAUGCCUAACAUCAACUGCCCGGACGGACUACGUGCACAAGUAUACUUCCCUUCUUGCUGGGAUGGAGUCAACCUUGAUUCGCCGGACCACAAGUCGCACAUGGCCUACCCAAUCGGCAAUUAUGACAAUGGGUACUGUCCGCCCUCGCACCCGACGCACUUGAUCUCGAUCUUCUAUGAAGUCAUAUAUCAAACAGGCAACUUCGCACACAUGUGGUGGAACUCAUCUCAGCACCCAUUCGUCUUCGCUAUGGGCGAUCGGACAGGCUACGGCUUCCACGGUGAUUUCGUCAACGGAUGGGACACGCAAGCCCUGCAAGACGCCAUCGAUCAGUGCACGAAUGACAGCGGUAAUCUGUCUGACUGUCCAGUGUUUGCAGACUUGUAUUCCAACGAGGAGUGCCAAGCCUGCAGGCUCCCGCCACAAGUCAACGAGACCAUCACGGGCAACCUUACGAAGUUGCCUGGCUGCAACCCAGUAACUGACGGCCCUGAGUACGCACCACCACCAGAGUGCAGCAGCACUCCGAUCGGACCAAUGCAGACGUACUUUACCGACGAGACCAAAUCGCUCGGUUGGGAAUACGUCGGCUGCGCGAACGAUAGCGUAAGCGCGCGUACCUUUCAAGCCGCCUCGUCAUCGUCGAACACGAUGACGGUCGAGACUUGCAUCAAGUUCUGCAGUGGCAAGGGUUACAGCCUCGCUGGUCUGGAGUACGCCUCGCAGUGUUACUGCGAUAACGGUUAUCUUCAGGCCAAGGACGGUACCCGUGAACCCUUGACUGACAUCCUUGGGCAAUGCACGAUGCCUUGCGCAGGAAACGCACAACAAAUGUGCGGUGGUCCCUCUGCGCUAAGUGUGUACAGGAACUGUGCUGGCGGCUCCUGUGAGAACGCACUAUUCCGAGUGAACGGUUCGACGACCACAAACAAGCGUCGCCACGUUCAUGGAUCGAGGCAUGCGCGCUAUCAUUGACCGUAAGACGGGCAGGGUGCCAGGACGGACUCGCGUUAGCAUUCUGGGCGAUGUUUUACCGCCUGAUUGUAAGACUGGGGUAUGCUUUCCGACCGGCAUAACCCGAGGGGAUGUUGCAAGCGGUGCUUAACAUAUUCGCUUCUGCUGUGUGGAUACGCAUAUCAUUAUUGCGGGUAUUCUAUCUAUGCUGAGCAACCAGUUGUGU